AUGUCUCGUUUCUCACUGAUUGCACUUGUGUUUCUUUUAUGUGUUGCUUUGUCAUCUGCAACUAAAGUUGUGGAUAUUGGAACCAUUUGCAAGAAAGCAAAAGAUCAUUCUUUUUGUUUAAAGCUUCUCAAAUCAAAACCCGGUGGUGCAUCUGGUGAUCUCGUUAGUCUUACACAAUACACUAUUGGUGUCCUUCGUACCGAAAUAACCAACACAAUCAAUCUAAUCAAGAAACUAAGUACACAAAGUAGUGAUCGCAAAGCAAAAACUCAUUACAAGAAUUGUUUGUUGAAUUUUGGAGAAAGCGAUGGAGCCCUUGGUGAGGUUUUCAAAGCUCAACAACUCUUAAAGAGUGGAGAUUACAAUGGUGUGAAUUUGCAUGCAAGUGCUAUCAUUACAGAUGUUGAAGAUUGUAUUUCAGGUGAUUCAUCGGGUAGUAAACCAUUUCAUGAUACCUCUGUGCUUCCAAAGUAUGCUGGUGUUGUCACACAAGUUUCUCAAAUUAUUCUUAUUUUGACAAAUUUUUUGCGGAAUUAG